GACGUCCGCUUCUUUCUGCCAAAAUUUAAUUCAUGCAGAUUCUUAUAAAUAAAAUGUACAUUAGUACAAGCUUUUAAGUAGUGUGCCACUAAAGUAAUUCGUUUAUAUUUUGUGGUUCGAAUUUUGUGACUUUUAAUUAAAAGCGGAAGACUGCAGGCGUGCAAAAAAAAAAAAAACGCCGCUGGGUGAGCGAGUAGUGGUAAUGUGCUACACGCAAUGCACCUGACGACAAAUCCCUGAGGAACGGCACAUGGCAACAGUAGCUGGAUCGGGAUCAGGAUCAGGAUACGGCAACAGGAUAUUAAACUGAAGCAAAAGGAUAUGGCAGCCAUGACAGCAUCAGGAGCAACGGGAGCUGCAUCGAGCCGUGAAUUUGUCGAGGGCUGGACGCUGGCUCAGACACUCGGUGAAGGUGCCUAUGGCGAAGUCAAAUUGCUGAUCAAUCGACAGACGGGAGAAGCUGUGGCCAUGAAAAUGGUCGAUUUGAAGAAACAUCCCGAUGCUGUGAUCUCGGUGCGCAAGGAAGUCUGCAUACAAAAGAUGCUACAGGACACGCAUAUAUUGCGCUUCUUUGGCAAACGCUCGCAGGGAAAUGUGGAGUAUAUAUUCCUGGAAUAUGCAGCCGGUGGGGAACUCUUUGACCGCAUCGAGCCCGACGUUGGCAUGCCACAACAUGAGGCACAGCGUUACUUUACACAGCUGCUGUCCGGUCUGCAAUAUCUGCAUCAACGAGGCAUUGCACAUCGUGAUUUAAAACCGGAGAAUUUACUGCUCGAUGAGCACGAUAAUGUCAAAAUCUCGGACUUUGGCAUGGCCACAAUGUUUAGAUGUAAGGGAAAGGAGCGUCUGUUGGACAAGCGAUGUGGCACGCUGCCCUAUGUGGCACCUGAGGUUCUAUUGAAGCCUUAUCAUGCACAGCCAGCGGACAUUUGGUCAUGUGGCGUCAUCCUGGUCACAAUGCUAGCGGGAGAGCUGCCCUGGGAUCAACCAUCGGCGACUUGCAGAGAGUUUAUCAACUGGAAGGAAAACGAUCAUUGGCAAACGCAGACACCUUGGAGUAAGCUGGAUACCUUGGCCAUAUCCUUGCUACGCAAAGUGUUGGCCAGCAGUCCAGGCACACGGCUGACACUCGAGAAGAUCCUUGAUCACAAAUGGUGCAACAUGCAGUUUGCAGAGCAUGAUCGUUCCUAUGACUUGGUGGACUCGGCGGCCGCUCUGGAAAUUUGCUCGCCCAAGGCCAAGAGGCAGCGUCUGCAGUCGAGCGCAAAUCUAAGCACAAAUCUGGAUGAUUCAAUAUCCCGCAAUUAUUGUUCCCAACCGAUGCCCACGCUGCGCAGCGACAGCGAUUGUGACAUUAACCAGGAGGAUGGGGAUCGACUGGCAUUGGUGCAGGAGGCACGUCUCACCUAUUGCUUCUCACAGCCGGCGAUGCUCGACGAUUUGCUGCUGGCCACGCAAAUGAAUCAAACACAGAGUGCAUCACAGAAUUAUUUCCAGCGUUUGGUGCGACGCAUGACGCGAUUCUUUGUGACAACGCGUUGGGAUGACACCAUUAAACGGCUGGUGGGCAACAUUGAGAGAUUGGGCGGUUACACCUGCAAGGUCAGCGAGGAUGGUGUCGUCACCGUGUCUACCAUUGAUAGGCGAAAACUGCGUUUAGUUUUCAAGGCGCACAUCAUUGAAAUGGAUGGCAAAAUACUCGUCGAUUUCCGAUUAUCCAAGGGCUGCGGUCUGGAGUUCAAGCGUCGAUUCAUCAAGAUUAAAAAUGCUCUCGAGGAUAUUGUAUUAAAGGGUCCAACGACUUGGCCAAUUGCUAUUGCUACCAAUUCGGUGCCUUAGUUUCUAAUCCUACAUAUAUUUAAGUUUUAGCUUUAUGCAAUUUCACAUUUUAAUUACUUGUUAAACUUAAUUGAACAACAAUUUCUUAACUUGUUUGUGAUCACAUUUAAUUCACAUCUUAUUAUUUUAUAACUUUGAACAAACUUCACAUCAUCAUAGUUUAAAUAUGACAAAACUUUUAAUAGUGUUAAAUGUUUACAAUAAGUAGUUUAUUUAGCUAAAGGUUAUGAAACAAUAAAUCGACAUCGAUUUUGAUUAUAUUUUCAA